UUGAAAUUUGCCGUUCUCCGACAUCAGGCAUUUUCCAAGUCAACUAGAAUAUUCGAUAAUGCCACCUGUUUCUGAGAAGGGGCUAGAAGUUACUUCAAGUAAUGAACAGAAUGUUUCAAAUCUUCAGGUGAGCCAACAACAGGGGCCAAGAAGCGGCCGUAAUAGACAGAAGAAAAUUGGAAGAGAUGGUAACAAAAGCAUCAAAAAUGGUCCAAAAGACAAGAAAAGCACUACUCCUAAGGGUCAGGAAGCAAAAAAACAAAAGCCAAAAAGCAAACUCAAAGAUUUCAGGUUUCUUGAGGUGGUAAAACUUGUUAGAAAACAUCUCCCAAUAACUAUAAAUGGCUGCUCAGUGACUAAGAUCGGCACAGAUGUCCCCAAAAACCUUUCUCGGAAGGCAAAAGAGGCCAUCGUGGUCAAUCAUAUACAAAACGUGAUAAAUAGGGAUCCUCAGCAACCUAUCUACUUAAGUUUCAUUGUGAAACCUGCGGAUCCGGACUUUCCCUUCGAGUUAGAUCUGCUCAAUUUCAGCUUGACUGUGCCCGCAGAAUACCCGCAUAAUACGAAGGCGGUCCCGUCCAUUGUUGUGUUGAAUACGGAUAUUCCAAGAGGCUUCUCCGUCAAUAUCGAGCGGGGAUACCGUACUAUCGUAAAUCUCACGAAACCAAAAAAACUUAUUCCCACCGAAGCCGAGCAAAUUCAGCUUGUUGACGGAAAGGGCCUACUAUCGCAAAUUCAGACUUUAAACAAGUACUUGGAGCUAUUCUUGCUGCAAGAGAAACGGCAGACGAUGAAGUUUAUCACGUUCAAGAAUUCAGAGAAAUCCAGUGCACUGUCCACCUCGUCAUUAACACCAACUCCAGUACCAACGCCUCAACCGCUGCAAAAAGUCGACUUGGCCGCUGUUGCUUUUGAAGACGAGCAAGUCACUGUCACCGAAGCGACACGCCUUAAAAGAGAAUUUUACAUCGGGGAGAUGACCCAGAAGCUUGGCCUGAGCGUCAAAUUGUUCAACAGAAGCAAAACAGAAGCCCGGUACAAAGUGCAAAUCCCAAUUGUGAACACAGAGAACGUUCCCCAGCUUUGGGCAUAUAGGAACCACAUGGUGGAUGUCUUUGUCACUGUGCCCAGCUCUUACCCGGAGACUCCAAUACGAGCAAUUAUAGCAUCGAAUUUCAGCUCGAAUCUUUUAGUGGCAAAAAAGAAUGCGUUGGUGAGCGAAGGUCAUGAUUUGAUUGAUCUCGUGGGGGCAGCAAGAGUGGCAGAAAAGCACUUCAAUCGGAAUGUGAAUGAUACGGCGAGGACUAAUAUUACAGGACUUGUCCAGCAUUUGAACUGGAUUUCAAAUCACUUGAACUUGCUUGUUUCUUCAGAGGGCCUUUAUAAAGAGUACGUGGCGCAGAUGCGCAGUUUGAAAGACGUGUGAGAAGAUACUGCCACCAUAAAAUCCAGGAAGCGGUCAAGGAUAGCUGGAAACACAAAAGCUAAAUCCAUUGGAAUUAGAUUCAUGUAUCAAUAAAAUGGCAGAACUCCAUGUGAGGGUCUAGUUGCCAUCUCAAAUCUUGGGCCCUUGAUCCGGCCUGUGUAAUUAACUCGCACCAGUAAAUCCCAGCGGCAUCAAGCGAC